AUGGUAGACUACUUGAUUAAUGAGCUAUCUGAUAGACUUGAGAUAGAGGACAUGAAAUUUAUUCAUUGGGAAAAGACAAGAGAACUUCAAUCUUAGCCUAAAUAUAUCAAUUUUCAUAUAUGGUUGAAAGAGCAAGGUGCUAGGUAUGAUUCAAUUGAAUAUCCAGUGGCUUUUGGUAAGGGAGGUCAUUUGGUAGGUAUUGCCGCAAAAAGAGACAUUGGGCCUGAGGAAUCUUAUAUCUAUAUCCCUUCCAAGGUCAUCAUUGAUGAUGAUAAAAUUCAUAACAGUGAAAUUGGGUUUAUCAUAAAAAGACAUCAAGAUGUCUUUAAAUUGCACGCAGAUGGGGAAUAUCUGCGAUUGAUAUUCUUUAUUGCCUUUGAAAUAUCUAAAGGUGAGAAAAGUUUGUGGGCUCCAUACUUUGAAAUCACAGAGGAAUCAGACUUGCCUUGUUACUGGGAAGAUAAAGAUAUAUAAGAGUUAGAAGAUGAGCUAUUGAAAGCAGAGAUUAAGGACUAUAAGGAAGAAUACGAAGCUGAAUUUGAAGCAUUGUAUGAAAUAGCAUCACUUUAUCCUCAACUAAUAGAUAUCAACAAUUUUACAGAAAAGCAAUUCAGGAAAGCCUUUACUAUCACUGUAACGAGGUGCUUUGGAUGGAGCUUACCCUCAACUAUGGUCGUUCCAUUUGCUGACUGUGCCAAUCAUUUCAUCAUUGACAACCAAUACGAGCUAUUUAAUUCUAAGCUACAUGGCAAAUAAGAUAAGUCAGAUCUAACUGAGUCUGAGCUAAAAUAUUUUACUCAAAUUAAGAUGAGAAUAAAUUGCUACAAGCACUUUACUGAGGAUAAUUAUAAAACCGACUAAUAACAAAAUAAUGAAAAUGCUAUAGAAUUUGAUUUGAAUCAAGAAGUCCCAUAUAAGACUAAGAGGUAUAUUAGAAAACUAAAGAUGAGGGAAGAAUGUCUAAAGCUGAGUACUAAAGAAUUUCUAGAAGAUGAUAAAUUUAAGGAAAAGUAGAUAUGGGAAUUGAAAUAUUUAAGUACAAGUGAUGAGGAAGAUAACGAUAGUAGCGAAGAAGAAGAAAGUGGAAGUGAAGGCAAUAAAUCUGAUUAAGAAGAAUUAAAGGCUUCUGAGACCAAGACAGAAAUAACUCUAAACUAGACAUUAGAUCAAACUUUGAUUGAUGUUUCAAAAGAACCUACAGCUAUAGAUAAAAUAUGGAAAGAUGAUAUUGGUGGUAAAGAUGACAUUGUUCCGCAAAUCGCUAAGAAAUUAAGGCCUGCUAAAAAGAAAUAGAGGGUAUAUUUCACUUACAGCUAUGAUAAUAAAACAGGAGAAAGUGGAUAAGAGCCAAAGAAGAGUGUCGUUGUUAAAAAGAGAGUAGAGGGUAGAUAACCUGAAAAUCUUAUUGAUUUACUCGUCAUGCAAAAGCAUUAUAUGUAUGAACAGGAACAAAGGAUGAAGAUACUUAAAGACUAGGAUGACGAAGAAUGGUCGAAGAUAACUGAAGAGUAUAACAGUUCUGAAGAAGAUGAUGAUGAGGAAAACUUUUCAUGGUAUAAUGAUGGAGAUGCCAAUACUUUCUUCGUACUCUGCACUAAAUAUAAAAACGUUUACAAGAAAGGUUAGCAGGUAUUCCAUUGCUAUGGUCGUAGGACCAAUAGAUUCUUGCUUUUAAACUAUGGUUUUUGCCUUAACAAUAAUAAGUAUAAUUCCCUUUCAUUCAGAGCUUGGAUCAAUUUUAACUGGCAGAGGGCUCGUGAAAAAGAUCAAAUUAAAAAGAAGCAAGCAGAAAAAGAAGGCAAGCCAUACGUUGAGGGAACUGGCUCUAGUGAUUCUGACAAUGAUAGCCAAAAGAAUGAUAGAAUAUCAAAGAUUAUAAGACUUAAGAAGAAUAGAUUAGGUGAAGAUAUAUUUGCGUACCUCAGAGCUAAUCUCUUAAAUACCUACAAGGGUAAGAAUUUAGAGUAUCUACUAGUGUCUGCUCCGGUUGAUGCAGAAUUUGAAAUGCUAGUUGUUGCUUGUACCAUCAAUCUAUUAAAGGGACUUAAUAGCAGUAGAUUCAAGACUCCAAUUGAAGAGGAUCAAAGACUUCUUUAAGAUCCAAACCUUCCAAUUAGAUUAAGAUUCGCUAUUUUGCAUAGAAUUAAUGCCAAAGAGAUACUAAAUGCAAAUAUUAAGCAAUGUGAAAUUUUGAUGCGUAUUCUUGCCAGAUUUUAAGAUGGCCGAUUGUUCAAGCUAUAAUACAUGAGAAUUGUUGAGGAUUUUGAGACUGAAGAGGAAAUCAUGAUAAACAGACUUAAGUUAAGAAAGUAUCUUCGCGAGUUAGUUGUUAAUCAAAAGAGAGUACUUGCCGUUGCUCUUGAUUCAGAUUAUAUCUAAAAGGUGAAGGACUACUUUAAUGAGAAAUAAAAAGAAGAGGACGAAAGAAAACAAAAGAUGGAGGAGUAGCCAGGGGAAGAAGAUGAAUACUACGAUGAAGAGGAUGAAGAAGAAGAGUCUAAAGUACAAUAGAAAUGA